UUUUACACAAGUCUAUGAUUUAUUGAGAAAAUUGAAUGCUUAUAAAAAAUUACAUGCUUAUAAAAGUACUUAAAUAAUGACAAGUUAUCAUCAUAUUUAUGAACGUCAGUGAUCGCGAAUAAACCAGUCGUCAGUUACUUGCCGACAUCAUAAUUCAAUAUUUAUUAAUUAUUAUUACAAAUAGAAAAAAAAAUAUUCUACUAUUUUAAUUAAUUUUUAAAUUGUUUAAAAAAUGGCUUGGUCAAGACCAUCAGGUCCACCACGUGUAUGGAACAAUAUUGAAAUAACUGACACAAAUAAAAUAAAUCGUAAAUUUGUUAUUCAAGAAAUUCCAGAAGAAAAAUACGACGAGGCUGUUGAUCAUAUGUGCACUAUUUUUUUACGAGAUGAAACAAUUUUAUCAUGCUUUAAAAUAGCUGAAGAUCCAGUAGCAUUAUCAGCAAUGUAUAAAACUUGGAAUUUUAUUGUUCAACAAGGUAUUUCGAUUGCAGCAUAUGACAUUACUGAAAAUCCAGAAAAGCCAAUUCUCGCUGGUGUUAAUAUGCUAUUUUUUGGAAAUGAUAAAUUUGAAGAAGCACUUACUGCAAUUGAGUAUGAAGGUAAUUUAAAAAAAUUAUUUACUUUUGUAUUGGGAGUGUGUCAUGAAGUUGAUCCUCGUUACACUCAUGGUGUUGAUGGAUAUCUUGGUGCAUUUGGCCUGAGUGUCGAUCCAAAUUAUCGUCGACUUGGUCUUGGAAGUACUAUUUUAAAAGCACGUGAUGCUAUUGGAGAAAAAUAUAAUAUUCAAUACACAUCGACAAUUUUUACAAGUGAAAUUGCACAGAAAGCUGCAGCUCGUUGUGAAUUUAUUGUUAAAAUGGAUCGACCAUAUUGUAAUGUUCUUGAUGAAGAUGGAAAUAAAUUAUUUACAACAUUAGAUGGAAAAAAUUUCAAGAUUAUGGAAAAAGAAAUAUGUAAAAAAUAACUAAUUCUUAAAUGUAUUUUAAACUUGUUCAUUAAACAUAUAAUUUUGAUGCAAUUAAUUAUCAGUUUAUCAAUUUCAAGUGAUAAGAUUGUGUUACAUUUUCUUUCGGCCAAUUGAUUUUGUUAUUUCAGAAUUUUUCUAUAAUUAUUUUCA